AUGAGCCAAUUCAAGAUCCAGCCAAUCUCCAUCCCGUCGCCGGUGUCGCCCACAACGGGGAUCCCGCUCGCAGCCAGCUCAGAGGCGAGCACCUCGUCACUCAGCGGCGGCUUUGGCACCGCUGCAGUGGCCGCAGCGGCGGCGGCGGCCAGCGCGGAAGCAAAGGCAGCAGUCAAGGCAGCGGCGAGGCAGCGCGACUUCGAGCGGCUGAGUGAGGCACUUGCGCACUCAGAGGUGCAGUAUGACGACCUCCGACUCCUCGAGCCCAUCGGCCACGGCUCAUCGGGCGUGGUGCUACACCUUCCGACCAGCUCGGUGCUCGCGCUCAAGGUGAUCCCAGUGUCGGCGGACGAGGCGGCGCGGCGGGCGAUCCUGCUCGAGCUCAAGACGCUGCACGAGUCGCGUCACCCCUCCAUUGUCUCCUUCUACGGCGCCUUCCACCGCGACGGCGCCGUCCACCUCGCGCUCGAGUACAUGGACGCUACACUGCUCGAGCUGCAGCGCGCGACGGGCUCGCCGCUUGCUGAGGCGGCACUUUGCGCGAUCUCCCGGGCGGUGCUGCAUGGACUCGUCUACCUGCACAAGGAGCGGCGCACCAUCCACCGCGACAUCAAGCCCUCUAACCUGCUCGUCGACGCAGCGGGUAACGUCAAGAUUGCCGACUUUGGCGUCUCGGGCGAACUGAGCUGCACCCUCUCGAAGUGCACUUCGUGGGUGGGGACGAUGCACUACAUGGCGCGACAAGACACCGCCGAGAUCUAG